AUGGACCUGGACAAGCUGAUGGCGGCGGCGCAGAGCGCCGCCGCGGGCGCUGGCGGCGACGGGGGCCUCCCUGCUGGGGUUGACUUGGCCGCGUUGAUGAAGGGGGUGCUGGGGGGCGGGGAGGGGAAGAAGGGGGCGAAGGGGGAGGGCGACAUUCCGGGGCUCGAGGGCGUGAAGACCGAAGACCUGAUGCGCCAGGCCGACGUCAUGUGGCGGCACCUCGACGACCUGUCCUCCCGCGACCCCGCGGCGUACCGGCGCUUCCUGGAGAAGGCCGCGAAGGAUGCGGGCAUGGAGGGCAAAGUGCCCAUUCCCGGUGGCGCGGCGCCCGCCGCGGAGCGCAAGCCCGGGCCGGCGUCGGACCGCGUGGUUCCGAUGGACGACGGCCCAGGCGGCGCGGUCCCGCAGGGCCUGCGCGACCGCCCUGCCAUCGUCGUCGUCGCGCCGUGCCGCCCGCGAGGUGCCGGCGCGGAGGCCCGGGACGCGCACGUCGAGUUCUGGGCGGACGUCAAGGGCGACCAGGGUCCGCCCGAGCUUGGAGCGAAGGCCGCGGCGGUCGCCGCGGGCGUGGCGAAGGCGAAGGGCGGCGUGAGCCCGGGGCCACAUGAGGCUCUGAAAAAGGCCCGCGGGGCCGCACUGGCGGACGUCGUGCUGCCGUGCGCGCAGCUCCGGGAGCCGCAGGACAAGGACGUGCCCGCGGGCGGUCCGGCCGCGCCGAAGACCGGCGUGAAGGUCACGGCGCGCGUCUUCGCGCUGCGUGCGCACGUGGACACCCUCCGCGUCGCGGGCGCGAACAACGAGGUCCUGCGCAUCCUCAUCGAGCGCGCGUUCCAGCUCAUGGAAGCCCAGCACGCGGUCGAGUUCCGCCGCGGCGGCAACCUGCAGGUGUUCCGGGACCAGCUCGUCGUGCCGAUGGAGGAGCUGGCGGCGCGGCGGAAAGCCAAGGGCGAGGAGGACGUCCGGCAGGCCGCGGCGGCCGCGGGCGUGAGCCUGCCGACGUCGCUGGCGUCGGAGCUCGCGGGCAUGGCUUCGCAGCCUCGCCCGGGGUUUGCUGGCGGACCUGCGCCCAGCGCGGGGCCGUUUGGUGGCGCGGCGAAGGCGGCCGGGGCCGGCGGGGCCCGCGGGGCCGGGCCGCUGAUCCAGGAGAUGGCCGAGGGGGCGGCUGCGCCCGCGGCCGGGGCGUCUGGGGCGCGGCCCGAGUACGAGAUCAGAGACGAGGGAAACGGCGAGCUGGUGAUGGUUGUGCGACUGCCUGGGGCGCCGGGGAUGGCUGGUGUGGGGCUGGACGUCGGGGAGCGUCGCGUGGUGCUCGACGCGACGCAGCACGGGUUCGCGCGGCUGGAAGUCGGGCUCCCAAAGCUGGUGGACGAGGGGAGCGCUCGUGCGAAGUUCAGCAAGGCGAAGGGGACGUUGCGGGUGACGAUGCGGGUGCGGUAG